AUGGCCCCAAUAUGGCGUAAAAUACGUGCAAUGCAUGCACUUGUGUCGAAGAACUCAACAAAACAUUCGCUACAGCGCGUUUCGGUUGCUUCGUGGCGCAAAAUGUCUGCGCAGAGUGCUGCUAAACGCUUUAGUAGUGCUACUAGUUACUUGUCAGCUAUAAGCGUCAAUAUCCAUGGAAGAUCAUCUAUAACCCGAACCAGUUUUGUCUUACAGCUAGAGAAAAUAACAAACAUUAACGAGUUAGAAUUGCUUGAUGUUUUGGGCCGAGGUACGUUUGGAACGGUGCAACUUGCGAGACAUUUGGAUACGGGAGUGACAGUUGCGGUCAAGAUCCUUCCACGAUAUUUGAUAAUGGAAAUGAAGCAAGAGAAGAACGUUGUGAGGGAACAAGGUGCACACUUGGGACUGGUUCAUCCAUUUAUUGCGAAACUCUAUGCUACUUUUCAAGAUACGAAAGCAUUGUACUUUGUGCUGGAAUUUUGUCCUGGUGGAGAAAUCUACAGUCUUGUGUAUACGCAUGAUGACGGACAUUUUGAAGAGAAGGACGAUUCUAGUUCAAUAGACGAACAAGAGAACAGGAACUUGAAUGGCAGACAGGUACAAGAAGAUCAGCAGGACAUUUUAGAUUCUGUCGAGACGGAGUCCGAAUCCGAAGAGGAGCAGAACGGACAACAACGUCGAUCUAGUGUUGCUAUGGGUCGUAACAGCUUAACGCUGGAGAAUUUUCUGUCCAAGCAAAAGCUACGAAGCUCUUAUGGAGGACUCCACGAACGCGAUGUGGCAUUUUAUGCGGCGUGUUUGUUGUCAGCACUUGAGUAUUUGCACGGAAAAGGUGUGUUGUAUCGAGAUCUGAAGCUAGAAAAUCUCGUACUGGAUGCAGAUGGAUAUCCAAAGCUUAUCGACUUUGGACUGGCCAAGCCAAACGCAACGAGAACGUCUGAGCGAAACUCGACCAUGUGUGGAAGUGCAGAGUACGUGGCACCUGAGGUAUUGCAGCAUAAGCCGUACGACCAGCGGGUGGAUUUAUGGUCUUUUGGUAUUCUUUUGUUCGAGAUGCUAUUCGGAACAACUCCAUUCUACCAUGCCAAUUACCGAGAACAAAGCCGCCGCAUUAUUUCGGAGCCAGUUAAGUUCCCGGUCGGCUUUGAGCAAGGCCAUUCCAGUGUGUGCUUUUUGAUCCAGAAGCUGCUGGAAAAAGACCCCGCAUUGCGAAUUGCGUCGUUUAAAGAGGUACGAAAUACCAUCUUUUUCCGCAGCUACUUCCCAUCGACACACAGCUGGCGACAACUAGAGUCCCGGCAGGUACAAGCCCCGUUCGUUCCCAGACUGGACGGUAUAUUCGACACGAGCCUGUUUGUGCGUGUUCAGAACGACGACAUGUAUGGUUAUGGUAAUGAUGCCGACUCAGACUUUGGGUGCUGA